AUGACUGAAAAAUUACCUUCCUUGCCACAGAAGAAUAUCCUGCUUCUCAUCGCCGAUGACCUAGGUCAUAAUUUAGGCUGCUAUGGCGCCGCAGUAAAGACCCCAAACAUCGAUGCCUUUGCAGCUCAAAGCGUCCUCUUCACCCAUGCCUUCACCAGCACGGCAUCCUGCAGUAACAGCCGCUCAGUCAUCUAUACAGGCCUACACACGCAUCAAAACGGACAAUUUGGACUAGCGGGCAAACAACACCAUUUCGUCAUCUUCGACCAGAUCAAGACCUCACCUGCAUUCUUCCGCGAGCAGGGGUAUUUGACUGCAUUGAUUGGGAAAAUGCAUGUGGGGCAUGAGAGAUCGUAUCCUUGGGAAAUCAAAGAGGAGAGCGGGAGUCGUGAUGGAGCAUGGAUGGCUGAUAGAGCUGGUGGUGUGUUUGAGAGGGCUAAAGAGGAGGAGAGGCCGUUUUUUCUCACGGUGGGAUAUAUUGAUCCGCAUCGAGCUAUGACGAGGUCGGGGUUUGGCAAUGACUUGUCUUAUGAUGCUAGGAUCAAGGAUGUUGUGUAUGAGCCGAAGGACAUUGAGGUGCCGGAGUACAUCAACAAUAUUGACGAGACUAGAUUCGAAUUCUCCGAGUACUAUCGCGCCAUCAGUCGUUUGGAUCAGGGCAUAAGUCUUAUCCUUGACAAAUUGCAGGCUUCGGGGCUCGCUGAUGAUACUCUGGUCGUCUUCCUCAGCGACAACGGUCCGCCCUUUCUGAACUCAAAGACAACGCUGUACGAUGCGGGUAUUCAUCUGCUGUUCAUCGUGCGGAACCCAAAAGCCAGCAUCAAAGGCAUCGAGAAUCCAAACAUGAUUACCUACGUCGACAUCUUCCCUACAUUCCAAGACUGGGCCGGGAAAACAUACACACCAAACUUAGACGCGCCGCAUGCACCAAAGAAACUUGCAGGACAAUCAUUUCUCCCAAUUUUGGAAAAAUCAUCUCUCCUACCCGAAGAUAUAUGGAAGCACCACAUCUUCGGCUCACACACAUUCCACGAGUCCACAAACUACUGGCCCACGAGAAUUCUACGCACCAGGAGAUACAAAUACCACCGUAAUGUAGCCUGGCGCCUCGAUUUUCCCUUCUCGGCUGACCUGUACGGCUCCCUGGCCUGGGACGGCAUAAGGCACUCGCAGCCAAAAGGCAAAGAAGCGGACAUAAAAGUCGGUCAGCGAAAGCUCCGAGACUACAUCUUCCGGCCGCCAGAAGAGCUUUAUGAUCUUGAGAAUGAUGUUCUAGAAAUCUCAAAUUUGGCUAGCAAGGAAGAGUAUCGUGAGCUUCUAUUGGAGAUGAGGAGGAAAUUGGAGGAGUGGCAGGAGGAGACGUUGGAUCCUUGGUUGUAUCGUGAUGGGGUCAGUAAGAGAUUUAUACAGCAUCAUCUUGAUGCUGGAAUGAUCGUUCCUGAGAGGUUCGAUUUGGAUCUCGACAACGUGCGCGUUCGAGACUAG